AUCCAUCAACAACUCAUAAAUCUGUUCCCUGCCGGCCCCUGGACUUUGGCUUCAUAAUUGCAUCUAUAUAUACAUAUAUGGUGACAGGUCCUAAGCUGCAUAUAAUGGAGAAAAGGAUUCUCAAUCAAUACGACAUGGAAUACAUGAAAACCUCCAUGUUAAAGCAUGAAGAAACCUUCAAAGAACAGGUUUAUGAGCUUCACCGUCUCUACCAAACUCAGAAGAAAUUGAUGAAGAACAUCUCAAAGCAGAAACGGGAAUACAAUAAUACAAGAAUUCCCAGAGAGAGUAAUCUUGAAGAAGACGAGAGCGAGCUGGAGCUAACCCUAGGCCCGUCACGUUACAGCCGUUGCAGGAAGAACAAAUCCCAGCGAAGCUUAUCUUCUUCAUCGUCUUCUUCUUCGCCGGAGGACUUUAAAUGGGGGAUUGAACUGCCAGCAGCCAUGAACCAGAGCUUUCUCGGCGGGGGGCAGAAUGGUCAAAACGGAGUUGAAGAUCUGCAGUUUAGAAUUAACAACCAACCCUGGCAUUUCCAGGCUUUGAGUCUCAAUAUGACUUCUUGAAAUCUUGAUGAGGAUGAUAUAUGUUAAGGCUAAUUGUAUGAAAGUUAUUGGUUUUUAUAAUUGUUCCAUGGCGGCCUUAGAUUUGAGUUCAUGCUGAAGCAGAGAAGAUGAAGGAAUCUCUGUUUUUUUCAAAGGAUUGGUGUUUAAUUUACAUCAAUCUCAUUCUUGUCUUAAUCUCUGGAGAUUAGCUAUCAUAUAUAGCCAAGAACAUAGUUCUGUUCCAGUUCUUGGAGUAUUUUUUUUCUUUUCUCCAAAGUGCAAGCUAAACUGUUUUUACUUAUUGUAAUUAUGACCAUCUUUCCACAUUUCCAUUGAUUUAUUUAGAAGUAAUGAAUUGUGAAAUAAUUAAGAGUUAAAAUCAUUUCCAA